GAUUUAUUUACUUAAAAUAUACUUAGUUUUUACGCAUUUCAAACAAAUCUUUAAUAUAUGUUCCAGAUGUCGUUGAAACUACUUUCAUCCAACAAAUGUUUUGGAGGGUUUCAAAAUGUCUACAGCCAUGUCAGCAAAGUUUUAAAAUGCACAAUGAAAUUUGGGAUCUAUCUCCCGCCGGAUUGCGAUGGAAAGAAUGUCCCAGUCGUUUAUUGGCUCUCAGGCUUGACUUGCACCGAACAGAAUUUUAUAAUAAAGUCAGGAGCGCAACAACAUGCCAGCAAGCACAAUUUCAUUGUCGUCUCCCCUGAUACGAGCCCAAGAGGAGUAAAUAUCCCUGGGGAAGAUGAUAGCUACGAUUUUGGCUCUGGGGCCAGUUUUUAUGUUGACGCGACUCAAGAUCCUUGGAAGACUAACUACAACAUGUACUCGUAUAUUACAAGUGAGCUCCCAGAUGUUAUAAACACUAAUUUUCCUUCUGAUCCUUAUCAUCAAAGCAUCAUGGGUCAUAGCAUGGGAGGCCAUGGUGCUCUUAUUUGUUAUUUGAAAAACCCUGGAAAAUACCGAUCCGUGAGUGCUUUUGCGCCAAUCUGCAAUCCGACUCAGAGCCCCUGGGGAAAGAAGGCCUUCAAGGGAUACUUGGGCGAAGAAGAAGACAAGUGGCAUGAUUAUGACGCAACCUCUUUAGUUGCCAAAUUUGAUGGGCCGCUUAGUGACAUUUUAAUCGAUCAGGGUGCUGCUGAUGAGUUUUUGUCCAACGGCCAACUCCAGCCAGAAAAUUUUCUACAAGCUUGCAAAUCUGCGCAAGUGCCUGUCAUACUGCAUAUGCGAGAAGGAUACGAUCAUAGCUAUUUUUAUGUAUCAUCUUUUAUUGGAGAACAUUUUCAACAUCAUGCCAAAUAUUUGACGCAGUAAUCAGUCUUUUCUGUUUAUUUUGUUUUUUCAGUUAAAAGGUUUUUCCAUUUUUGCAGUAUGCAGAACCAAUAAACCAGAAACAAUAAUAAAGAUAAGUUCACAUGCCAAAAACUUUAGUUUAUCUUGUAAAACAUUUUCUAAACCAAACAUUUGCUUUGUUAUAACAUUUUUUUUCUACUACUUAAUAAUAUU